CUUAUGGUUUUUUGCUUUUUUACAACAUGAAACCAUAGCUUACCACACAUUACCAUAUGGUAACAAACUAAAACACAGCAGGACUUAUGGUUUUUUGCUUUUUUACAACAUGAAACCAUAGCUUACCACACAUUACCAUAUGGUAACAAACUAAAACACAGCAGGACUUAUGGUUUUUUGCUUUUUUACAACAUGAAACCAUAGCUUACCACACAUCACCAUAUGGUAACAAACUAAAACACAGAAGAACUUAUGGUUUUUUGCUAUUUUACAACAUGAAACCAUAGGUUACCACACAUUACCAUAUGGUAACAAACUAAAACACAGAAGAACUUAUGGUUUUUUGCUAUUUUACAACAUGAAACCAUAGCUUACCACACAUUACCAUAUGGUAACAAACUAAAAUACAGAAGGACUUAUGGUUUUUUGCUAUUUUACAACAUGAAACCAUAGGUUACCACACAUUACCAUAUGGUAACAAACUAAAACACAGAAGGACUUAUGGUUUUUUGCUAUUUUACAACAUGAAACCAUAGGUUACCACACAUUACCAUAUGGUAACAAACUAAAACACAGAAGAACUUAUGGUUUUUUGCUAUUUUACAACAUGAAACUAUAGCUUACUACACAUUACCAUAUGGUAACAAACUACAACACAGAAGGACUUACGGUUUCUUGCCUUUUUAUAAUGUGAAAUCAUAGCUUACCACGCCAUACCAUGUGGUAACGAAGCAAAACACAACAGAUUCUACACCAGUUCAGCAAUGCAUGCUAACGAUUCGGUAAUGUAGCGAGUUUUACUACAAUUUUCACAUGAAGAGUGACUGGAAUACUGUUUCUAUUGUUCUAUGGAUGGAUUUCGAAGAAAGAAGUGAGGUUUUACCUUGAUAUUUUGUGCGAAAACGAUUUUUGAGCCUCGUUGAAGUUGGAAACCCUUCGUUUUUCGACGAAGAAGCGAGAACAGUGUAUCGUUGAAUGAUUCUUCGAAAAGCUUUGCGAAAAUCGUUCGAUUUGAAGUUUUCUUCUGGAAGUUUUUGCUGCGAUUUUGGUGAGAGAAUUGAGUAUCGGGAGGAAGAAUGGAGAGUUAGAGAGCAGAGGGAAGUGGAACUGUCGCUUGAAAGGUGAGAGAAAGAAGGAGAGAAGGCGGGACGGUUGUCGCUGUCACGUCUGCAAUUCAAAUUGUCAGAGACGUGAUUACCUUUUUUGCCCCCGCGUGUAUUUAAUUGGCAUGAUCUGACGGCUGGGAAGAUGGCGCGAUGGACGGUCAGAUGGACGGUUACUGACCGUUACUGAUAGGUCGGUUACUGAUAGGAUCCGGACCCCAAUUUUCUGGGGAAUAUCCAGCCAGUGUUGACAAAUAAGUAGAAAUUGUUGUGUAUUAUUACUGAAAACACAUAGGGUUUAUAUAGAGUAUAUAAAUUUAUUUCUAUAAUCACUCUAACAUUAAUAUGGAAAUUACCAAACUUAUACGACUCUGAUAAGAAAUAUAACUCUAACAAUUACAUAACAAUACUCGUAGUAUAACAUAAAUCUACUCGAACUACACAUACUCUAAUACCCUCCUCAAAUUGAUGAUAAUUACUUACCAACAAUUUCAAAACCGAAACAAAAAACCGCACAAAUUACUAUGAAGAACGUACGUGACAAAAAAAUAAUGACAAACCUAAAUGCUCCGCCAAAUAUGCCGAUGAAGACCAUAUCCCAUGCCUCGUGAAACGUCAAUGGUGAUAAACUGGAGAUAACAAAAGGUUUUGCCAAAGUCGUCUAGUCUGUUAAACCAAGUGUCCAACAAAAUAAAUGAUCACUCGCCACAACUCUGCACUGAAGGAAGCGGAAAAAACAAGUGACGAUCAAGAAGAAAGAUACUCCAGAAGAACGAGCAGUGACCGUGAAACUGUGUUGUCACGAAAACAGAACCACGUGCUCCGAACAGCAACAUGGAAAUCAAGAUGCUCCGAACAACAUCAUCGAAACAUAAACAUAACCACGUGCUCCUAACAGCAACAUGGCAAUCAGGAGCUCCGCAUAACAUCAUAGAAACAUAAACAUCAACCAGAAAUGCUCCGUACAACAUUUUUUCAAACAGAGAUGCUCCGAACAACACCCACUACAACAAUUUUGGCCUAUUUUGACAAAAAACAAUUGUCAUUUAUAUUUUGUCACAAUAGACCAUAUAAUGUGACGACAACCAUGUUUGUCAUAAUUUCCGUACAAGUUGUGACAAACAACGAGCUUGUCAUACAAUUUUUUCAUAUUAAGUAUGUAUUAUGACAAAUUCAUUAUGUCAACAUUAUUUUGUAAAAAUAUGGUCAUCGGCUAGGAAUGAUUGGAUUAUAAUGUGAAAAAAUAUUUGUCAUAAUAUCUUCUGUCAAAUUAUCUACUAUGUCAGUUGGAUUAUGACAACUUCAUUUGUCAUAAUAUUACGAAUAUACCUAUAGUAUGACAGGUUAUACUUAGUAAAAAAAACUUGUUAUCGGCCAUGUAUUGGCGGGAAAUUGUGGCACGGAAGAUGAAAUGUUUAAUGUGACAAAUAAAGAUUUUGUCACAAUAUACAAUCGGAAUACUUUAUUAUGACAAACUAACUUUGUUACAUUAAAUAUAUCACACAUUUGGUUAGCCAAAAUGUGAUUUGGCGGGAACUUGUGGAGAGAAAUAAUAAAUGUAUAGUAUGACAAGUAGUAAAUUUGUCACAAUAUAUACUAGUAUAUAUUUAUGCUAACAACCAGGUUUGUCAUAAAAAAAAUUUAUAUUCACAUUUAAUAUGAAAAAAAACCCUAUACCUUAAAUCAUGAAGUGUAAAAAUAAAUCUUCACACCUAAAUUCUAAACCUUAUAAUGUAAAUUAUAAUCGAUUGAUGAAAGCAAUCAGUAAACCUACAAUAAUAAAACUUACAUUUUAGUUGAACAAUGAUCCACUAAACCUUAUCGCAUAAUGCAUAUUGUGGCUAUGAUUUGAAUUGUAAUUAUUUUUCAUAGUUAGAAAAUUAUAGAUUAAAUUUGUUUUUAUCUUCCUUUUAGGAAUUUGAGCUCGCCCCUAUCGUAGGCACUCAGAAAGAGGGCACAAUUAACCUUUGUCUUUUUAUUGCUCUGUUAGCUCCUCUUCAUCCUGCAACCUUCUUUAUCCCGUAUACUAAACAAGUACAAGGUACAAAUUUUUGUUGCAAUGACCUAAAAUCUAAUUAGCUGCCGUCGAUUGGGAGUCACGGGGUCCAGGGGCGAAGCGCCGGUUUGGGGGUUCGGGGGCGUAAGGUGGCCCCCGAUCCACGUACGGUAAAUGGGCUUAUACCACGCUUAUUAUUGUGAGAGUCCUACCCUUAACUUUGUGACAACAUAUGUGGUUAACUUGUCUCACCCUUAACUUUGCGACAACAUAUGUGGUUAAUCUAAUAUCAUUGUUACGUAUUAUUCUCUUUUUUGUAAUUUAUUUUCUAAGUGAAAAGUUAAAAUUCUUUUCCAUGUUUAUUAUGAAAAACUGGAAAAAAAAAAAAAAAAGAAAAUCAAACUCCUUUUCGUAUGCGGCAGAGGAUAAGUCAGUUUAUCUUCCGCGCGAGCUUCGUUCCUUUCCCUCUCAACUUUCACUCUGAACCCUAAGAAAACCCAAUCGACUUCCUCAAUCGAUCUCAUACACUGCUGCGUGCAAGAAAGAUUCUGAUCCAGAAGAGCUGAGUUCACCGCUAGUAAGUCAUCGACUCCGCAUUUUUCAUCUUCUCCUCCAGCUGAUCGUUACUUCUGUUUUCAUAUCCCUGAAAUCCUCUGGCAUGUUCGGUUUUUCUUUGUGAAUCAUGUCGAUUUCAUGGUCGAUUUGAUUUUACUGGUGGUUGUAUGCGUUGCCUCCCCCUUUUUGAAUCUAUUUCAGUCGAUUGCUAGGACCUGAUUAGGGUAAGGAAACGUUAAUAUGCAUUAUGUCUUUUCCUUUUGAUUGCUUAACUUAUGCAUUUUAAUGGUGGGAAAGGAAAAAGGGGAAAUAAGAGUCUCCAUAUGAUUCCUUGAUUUCUCCAUGCUCAUAUCCUUUGAUUUGCCUCAACUCUUAAGGCUUCUUUCUCUCUCGUAUUGGGGAUGUCUCGUGGGGGGUUUCUGAUUUUGAUGUUGGAAUAUAAGUGGGUUCGCUUAACUGAUAUCCUUCAUAUUCAUGUUAGGGAGCUUUUUCUAAGAGAUGGACAGUAGGCUAUGAUCUCUUUGUGUUGUAUGCUCUGGCAUUUUUGAAUCAUUAGGUGGCGUUUUGUAACCAAUAGGUUUGUAAUUGUGCAAACUUGACAUGUCUUCAUUAGCCUGUUUGCAGACAUAUAGAGUACGUAUGAGAUACUAAUAUAGCAUAUGUCAUCUUUUUUGCAGGUAUGCUUGUUGUUCAUUGUAUCUUCAGCUUGCAACUGAGAUAACAACAUACAUGUGAAGGUCAGUAUUACCUUUACGCUUAAUCGGAAUGAACAGAGAUUGGAUUAAUCUAGGAAAUAGAUUCUGUGAUGAAUAUGUUGCGGGGGUUAGUGAAUUCCUAGGGGUUGCAGCUAAUCAUGUUGAUGCACUCGGUAGGACUAGAUGUCCAUGCAAGAAGUGCAAUAAUAUUUAUUUUAAGAACUUAAACUUGGUGAAAACUGACCAGUUUAAGAACGGCAUGGUCGAUACGUAUACUACAUGGAUUCACCAUGGCGAAUCAUAUGAUUUUGGAAGUAGUAGUACCCUAAACCAGCCUCCUAACUCUCCUAUUCAAGCUGAAACUGAAGGGUUCAAUGAUGAUAUCACUAAAAUGUUAGAAGAUGUGGGUCGAGCUGCUGAAAUUUCUUCUACAACAGGGGUUGCAUCAUCGACCGAUAAUAUGAUAAUACCUACUAAUGGUCCCCUAAAUCCAUAAUGGAAGAAAUUUUCAAAAAUUUCUUACGUCAUGAAAAUGAUGAAUAACAAGUUCCUCACCAAUAGUAGUGAUAAAGCAUUCAACUUGAAUCUGGAAUUAUUCAAGGAUGCUUUACCACAUGGGGAGACACUUCCUAAUUCAUUUUAUGAGGUUAAGCGGUACAUGCAAGAUCUUGGGUUUGGUUACACUAUUAUAGAUGCAUGUCCAAAAUGUAAUGAACAUAGGUAUAAACCUGGGAAACAAAAAGAGGUAGCCCAAAAGAACUAGGUAUUUACCCAUAAAAGAUAGGCUACAAAGACUAUUCAUGACAAAGGAGAUUGCAAAAGACAUGAGGUAGCACAAGGCCCUUUGUAUGACCAAGGCCCUUUGUAUCAUUAGUAAUAUGGGCCAAGGUGUUGAUGUUGAUAAUAGAAACGUAGGUUUAGA